UACUGUGAGAGCAAAUCUCUGUGUGCCCCUGAUCUCUCUGUUUCUCCUUGCCCCACUAUUGCUUCAUAAAGUAAACUUAAUUUUGUCCCUACUCUCACUCCAUGCGCAAGCAGUAUAAAAAAACACCAGCUUACGGUUUUGUGAAACCACAAACCAUAAUUAUUAUCCUUCUCUUCUUAUUUAUCCAUUCACAUGUUUGAUGUUUCCCUCCCAACAAAAACUGAAAAACCCAACUAAAUACACUUCAAAAUUUCUUCUUUCUUGGCCUUUAAUUUUACUUUCUUGUGAACAUAUCAGCAAAUCAUAAUACAAAAGCUAGCCAUGGACCUGAUCCCUGGUCUACCAAAUGACAUAGCUCUUGAAUGUCUCAUACGUCUCCCUGUUGAACAAUUGUCUAAAGCAGCUUCAGUAUGCAAAAACUGGAACGGCGAAAUUACACUACCGGAAUUUCGACGACGCCGAAAAAAAUCCGGGCUGACCCGACCCGUUUUGGCCAUGGUCCAAGCUAUGGUUACUACUGUGAAACAGCCUCAGGGUGACACUACUACCCUUUCUACCCAGGUUUACCGUUUAUCCAUAUGUGACCCGGAAAAUGGUUCUUGGAAUGAUUUGCCACCUAUACCGGAGUUAAUUGAUGGGUUACCAAGGUUCUGCCGGGUUAUUGGAGUCGGGUCGGAUUUAGUAGUGAUUGGCGGGUGUGACCCGGUUACUUGGCGGGUCAUGGACUGUGUUUUUGUCUAUAAUUUCAUAUCUGGGUCAUGGCGACGUGGAGCGGAUAUGCCGGGUCAGCAAAGGCUGUUUUUCGGAUGCGGGUCGGAUUCGGACCGGGUUAUCCUUGUCGCAGGUGGACAUGACGAUGAAAAGAAUGCUUUAAAAUCAGUUAUGUUAUACGACGUCGUUAAAGAUGAGUGGGUUACACUUCCUGACAUGGUUACGGAGAGAGAUGAAUGUAAGGUUGUGUUUAACAAAGGUAAAUUCCACGUCAUUGGUGGUUAUCCUACGUGGGCACAAGGUCACUUUGAGAAAAAUGCUGAGGUGUUCAAUUUCGCCACGUGGGAUUGGUGCAUGGAAGAUGAGUUCUUGAGUGUUAAUACUUCUCCGAGUACUUGUAUUGAAGGUGAUGAUGGGGGAUUAUAUAUGUGUCAAGAUGGUGACGUGGCGGUGAGGGAACUUGAUACGUGGCAAAAGUUGGCGAGAUUGCCAGCUGGGAUUUCCAGCGUGGCGUAUUUGACAGCGUGUCAAGGGAAGUUGAUAUUGGUGGGAAGUGCUCAAUUUGAUGCACUACAUAGUGCUUAUGCUUUGGAUUUAAAGAGUGAUGAUAAAUUAAAAGCAUGGACAAAAGUAGAGAUUCCUGAUGAAUACAGUGGACAUGUUCAAUCAGGUUGUUGUUUGAAGAUAUGAUAUUCUAAAAGGCCAUCAAAUUAACAAAUCUGUACUUAGGUCUAAGAUUGAGAGUGAGUUGAGCUACGUAAA